GGUUGUUUUUUUGGAUCUUAUUACAACGACCGUCUACUAUUUCCUAUUUCCUAAUUUGGAUAACGGCGCUUCCUUCAUUACAUAGCUCCACCUUCACCUUCCACCAAUCAAUGGCUGAGCCUGAAGAGUAUUUGGCUGUUCUCAAGGCUUCGUACGACUAUGAACCACAAUCUGACGACGAGAUUGCCAUCAAAGAAAACCAGAUCCUCUUUCUCAAGGAACGAACAGACGAAGACUGGUGGAAGGUCAAGAUAAAGGGUGAAUCUCAAGAUCAAAGCACUCCCACUGGUCUUGUUCCUGCUGCUUAUGUGGAACAGGCCGACCACCUGUCUUUGGUUAAAGCUCUCUAUGACUAUGAGGCCAGUGCUCCGGGAGAACUCACGAUUAUCGAGGGCGAAAUCUUGCUUGCUUUUGAGCCUGAUGAUGAGUGGUUGCUGGUUCAAAGCACCAAGGAGGGCGGUAAAGCUGGCUAUAUACCGGCGAACUACGUAGAGACACAUGUAGAAGGCACUGAAGAAGAGGCAACGGAAGAGCAGCCAGCAAAUCAACGAAUUAUAGUUCCACCUUCACCCACCCCUUCUCCUCCACCCACAUAUGUCGAUCCUGCAGAUAGAGUCGCAUCAUCCAAACUCAACGCCGAUGAUAUCAAGACUUGGUCCGUAUCAGAGGUCGACAAGAAAGGAAAGAAGAUGAAGGGAACACUUGGUAUAGGUAGUGGGGCAGUGUUCUUCGCCAGCGAAACCAGCAAGGCAGCGGUGCAGAAAUGGCCCACAAGCUCAAUCAGCAAUAUUAAUGUUGAAAAGGCUAAACAUGUCCACUUUGAUGUUGAGGGCGGAGUCAGCUUACAUUUCACCGUCGGCUCCAAGGACAACUGCGAAGCGAUUGUCGCGAAGCUAGAAUCUUCAAAAGCCUUAGCCCUUCAACCUUCGGAGGAAACACCUGCGCCGACACCCAGCAGAGCUCCUCCGCCACCUUCGUUAGGUUCGCUUCCAGCAAGAGCAGUCAAAGCCUCCGAGCCAGAAGAAGAGGAAGAACCAGAAGAGGAGGGAGAAAUGGCUGUAGCGCUUUAUCCGUUUACUGCCGAUGGAGACGAUGAAUUAUCUGUGAUCGAGGGCGAACAGCUAUUGGUGCUAGAAAAAGAUGGUGACGAGUGGUGGAAGUGUCGGAAUGCUGAAGGCGCGGAAGGAGUGGUCCCUGCGUCAUAUAUUGAGCUCGCGCCUUCUAACCGCCAGACUGCGCCAAGAUCCACUCCCCUCGAAGAGGAACCAGAAGAGGAAGAGGAAAAGGAGGAUCUUGUGGCGAAAGAGGCACAAGCCCGAGAACGAGCAGAGGCGGAAGCUGCUGCUGCUGCGGCCGCCGAACGUGCGCGGAAAGAGGAAGAGGGACCCGUCAGUCAUCCUUCGCCUCCACCUUCAUCAGCCAACAACAGGUUAGUCAUAUUUUUUAGUCGUUCUUCACCUAACAAAGACCGCCCUAGCUCUUCAUCAGGACGAACCUCCGCCGAAAACGGUUGUAUGUGCCUUUUUUUCCUGGCCUUCCCUCCUGCGGAUCGUGUCCGGAUUUGGCAUGAUCGUAGCGGGCAAUUUCGUGUUGAAGCUGCUCUUCUUAGCUUCAAGGACGGAAAACUCAGGCUUCACAAGAUCAAUGGUGUCAUUGUGGAAGUACCCUCAGAGAAAAUGUCUGUCGAAGACAUGCGCUACGUUGACAAACUUCUCAGUAAAAAGUCCCAUCCUCCAACAAAUGUCAAUCUUUCCGAUGAUGAUACCCCUCUCGCACUGCACCGUUCAAAAUCAUCUGGAGGGAAGGUUGCUCCUCCUCGAGUUUCUCCUCAGCCGAAGAAAGGCCCAACUAUUGAUUGGUUCGAUUUCUUUCUCACUGCUGGAUGUGAUUUAGACGAUUGCACUCGAUAUGCUGCGUCAUUUGAACGGGAUAAAAUUGACGAGUCAAUUUUGCCCGACAUAACGGAGUCAACCAUGCGUUCAUUGGGUCUCAGAGAGGGUGAUAUUAUCCGUGUCACGAAGGCAAUUGAGAAGCGCAGGCCCAAAUCUGCUGAUAAAAGCAAUGAUCACUCAGCCCGGGAUGAGGCACUUGCAAAGCAGCUCCAAGCGCAGGAGAGCAGCGAUUCUCCAAAAGUUACUGCUCCUCCUAAUCUAUUUGCAAACGGGCCGAACGGUGUGCUCAAACCUGGAAGGAGAGGAAGACCUCAACCGACCAAAAGUCUAUCCAGCGCCGUUGAUCUUAACACCAUCAGCGAAGUUUCCGACAAGAUACAACGUACAGAAUCGCCUUCGCUCCUAAGCCCCGUCUCUGCAGGGACACCGGUGCAACCUCCAGCUCGUUCAAGCUCUGCUGCGCUGGUCGCGAGUGGAUUCGACGACGACGCAUGGACGAAUCGACCAAUUUCUACAGAACCGCUGGCUCCUGCAUCUCGUGCUCCACCUGUUACGGUGCCUCGUGCCCCUUCCGCUCCGCCUACAUCUGCCCCCGCUCAAGCCGUUCCUGUUCCAACUCCUCCAAACCCUCCUGUCGCAGCUUCAGCCAGAGGUCCCCCAAGUCUAGCAAACACAACAGAGGACGAUGUAUUUCAGCAACUCGCUCGUUUAAGCGAGCUGCGAAAGAGCACCGCACCGGCACCGGCACCUUCUCCUUCUCCUAUAACUAACGUCGUUCAAAUGGGUACUCCCUCUCCGAUACCUCAAGCGCCAACUCCCCCUACAGCUCCUAACGGAUAUCAAAGCGGCAUGGGAAUGAGCAACUCGCCCAUUCCUAUGGGUCAACAUCUCCAAGCGCAACAAACAGGCGUAUACGGCCCCGGACCACGGGGACCUUACGCCCCUGUCCCUUCAAACCAGAAUCUCUUGCAGCCCUUGAUUCCCACACAGACAGGUUUCAACGGCUUUGUACCGACACGAGCUAAUAAUCCAACUGGGUUCCCAACCACUCAACCUAUGAUUUCUUAUCCAAACGGAUUCCCGAUAACGACACAAUCUACGGGAAUGCCGUUUGGUGGUCUCAACAGUGGUAUGAACGCUGUGAAUCCUUUCGGCGCUGGAGGUGUUAUGACGAAUCCAACAGGUUUCAAUCCUGCAAUGGGCCCGAACUUCAACGCUGGCAUGUCUUCGCCUCCGCCUGUUCCUCCGCUCCCAUCGGCUACUUCAAAUCACAACAGCACUAAUCCAGCCAAUAUCUUUGCGCAAAUGAAGUCUGGGACCUUUGCCAAUGACAACGAAAGCUCACUACCAAACCCGAAUUAUGAUGCCCUACGGCCACAACCCACUGGCUGGGGAGGAUUCCCAGGAACAUCUUAUGUUGGAUAUCAAUGAAUAUUCCUCCUGUAGUUUUAUUAUUGCGAUAGAAAAGCUUAUCAAUUUUGUGGAUUUUUUACCUUGAAUCUGAGCUGCCGUAAGGGCGGGGUUCCGUAAGCAUUGCUCACAUACCGACGCCCGUACUUUAUCCAA